AGGGGCCACAGGAAACAGUCACAGGGGCAGAGCCAGUUCUGUAAGGAAAUGAAAAAGUAAACAACAAGUUGGAGCAGCAGAAGAAGAACAGCAGCAUGGCCUCUUCCUCCUGCUCCUCCUCCCUGCUCCUGAUCCUGGGGGUGGUGUGUGGCUGUGCAGGCGUCCGGAUCUGUGCCUUCAACGUCCAGGGCUUCGGCGAGUCAAAGGCUCAGAACCCCAAAGUCAUGCACACCCUCGUCAGGAUCAUCGCUCGCUGCGACGUGUGUCUGCUGCAGGAGGUCAGAGACCAGAAGAAGAGAGCACUUCCUGCUCUGCUGGAAUCCCUCAACAGGUACGACCCUGAUCAUGAUUACCAGUAUGUAGCCAGUGAGCCACUUGGAAGGAAGUCUUACAAGGAGCAGUAUGUGUUUGUGUACAGGACAGGCUCUGUGGCAGUCGCAGGGCAGUACCAGUACCCAGACUCUCUGCCAGGAGAUGAGGAUGCUUUCUCCAGGGAACCCUUCGUGGUCCGCUUCAAAGCCCCUUCUACAGCGCUGGGUGAGUUUGUCCUGAUCCCUCAGCACACCUCUCCCUCCAACGCCACCAGGGAGAUAGACGCCCUGUACGACGUCUUCCAGGCUGUGAAGAAGAGGUGGAACACAGAGAUGGUGAUGUUUCUAGGAGACUUUAACGCUGACUGUGGCUACGUAGCUAAGAAGAACCGAGUGAAGGUGCGUCUGUAUUCUGACCCCUCCUUUCUCUGGCUGAUCGGAGACAAGGAGGACACCACCGUCCGCGCCUCCACCUCCUGCACCUACGACAGGAUCGUCGUCCAUGGUUCAGAGUUCUCCAGAGGGAUUGUGCCUUACUCUGCCAAACCCUUCAACUUUGACAAAGAAUACCAGCUAUCAGAGGAACAGGCCCUGGAGGUGAGUGACCACUACCCAGUGGAGGUGGUGUUGAAGUCGGGCUCCUCACCCCGCAGGGGGUCCAGGCUGUUGGGUGUGUCCUCCACCCUGCAGGGGGUCUCCACCCUGCUGAUCCUCUUCCUCGCAGCUCUCCUCUGCCUCUGACCACCACGCUGAGACGCUGUCUGUCUGCACCGCCUCCUUACAACUGGGUUCAUUUGUGUAUGAAGAGAUCUGUGUGUGGGGGAAGAGAUCUGUGUGUGUGUGUGAGGGGGUAAGGUGUGUGUUUGUAUAGAGGGGGGUCUAAAUAUUAAUGUGUGUGGGCAGGGAAAAGGUCUGUGUGUAAGGGAGGGGAGUGGUAUGUGUGUGGAGGGGGGUGGGUGUGUGCGUGUAGGUGUGUGUGUGGGGGAUGCAGUAUACAGAAACUUCAGGUUGAAUAUGUUCAGUACUGCAAGUUAUAAAAGUGCCAAAACAGAAGCUCUGGCUUCAGUCCCCCCAGUUGUAUUCUGAAGUCUUCAUAUCAACAUACCAAGUUAAACCUUGCUGGAAAUCUCUAAGCUUGUCUCAGGAACUUGUGCUGCACAAUGUCUCCACUAGGGGGAAGUAGACACAACAUUACAAGUGCCUUGUAAUUUUUCAAUAAACAAUUCUAAUGAA